AUGGCUUCUCAAUGGCGGAGAGACAACGACGAUGGUCCUACUGAUCGGUCCCCACACUUUUUCAAGAUUAUUCUGCCGAAUGCUGUUCAGGAAGGAAAGCUUCGGAUUCCAGAUAAGUUCGUGCAGAAAUUUGGAGUGGACCUGUCAGAUAUGGCCUUUCUCACUAUUCCAAAUAGUAGAAAAUGGAAAGUCAAGUUGACACAACAUGCUAGGGGGGUUUGGUUUCAAAAUGAAAUAGACUAUACUUUAGACGACGAACUCCAAGUUCAUAGGAUCGAAGAUGAUGAGAGUGAUGACAGCUCUGUUGAAAUCAUCAAACACUUUUAUAAGGGAGAGGGUUCAGCCCAUCCUAAGAAAGACGGUGGUGUAGCUAAAAAUCUUGUUAUAGCCAAUGCUUUUAAAUCAGAAAAUCCCCUUUUCACUGUUAUCAUGCUUCCAUCCUACGUUAAUGGCAAGGAUCGUGCGAGUUUACCCCAAGACAUUAUCAACUACUUACCGAGAGACGGGUUUACCAAGGACUACACCAAAGCAAGUAUACUCCCUGUCAAGCUCCAGAUUGUGGACCGAUUAUGGCCUGUGAAGCUAUAUAUUUAUGAACGAAGUGGGGGUUCAUCAUGUGUCGUAUCAGCUGGUUGGUCUGCAUUUGUGAGGGAAAAUAGUUUGCAAGUAGCAGAUGUUUGCAUAUUUGAGCUGAUUAUGAGGGACAGUGUUGUGUUAAACGUCCACAUUUUCAAGUGCCAAGACUAA